AGGGUCUUGAUCUCCUUAUGCUACACCCUCCCUCAUUACACAAAUACACAUCACCUGAUAUGCUUAAAUCCAAUAUGCAUUCAGGUUUAUACAGGUUGGAGUUUUUUAUCAUAAAAACGAUAUGGUCAAAAUACUCUCUUGCCUAGUAAUUGUGCACACAGUGUAAAGUAUUUGCACUUUGAUUAUAUGUUCAUAUUUACAACUGUUCAUGUUUUGUUUCUUCAAAUGUUUUUGCCACUUCAGACCAGCACACUACAGAGGCAUAAGUAUGAACCAUUCAGCAGAAGUGGACAACGCCACCCUGGAGGCACUGGACAGUCCCUUCGUGACUGUUGUGGUACCUGUGAUCUAUAUGUUGGUGUUUGUUAUUAGUACUCCCUGCAAUGUCAUUGCUCUCUGCCUCCUCUGUGGCCUAACCAAGCGCUCAACACCCACCAUUAUCUAUUCCAUCAACCUCUGUCUCGCAGAUCUGCUCUAUAGCAUCAUACUACCGCUCCAAGUGGAUUACCACUUCCAUGGCAAUAACUGGCGCUUCGGCAUGGUGACAUGCAACAUUUCGACAGCUGCCUUCUACUGCAACUUGCAGUGCUCUGUGCUCACUACCUGCGCUAUAGCCCUGGAACGCUACUGUGGCAUCGUGCACCCACUGAAGACCCAUCUCUUGUGGAGCCCACGGAAGGCUGUCAUGACCUGCUGCUGCAUCUGGGGGCUGGUACUUGCUCUCCAGCUCCCAUUUUUCCUCUUCAACUUCACCCUGUUCAUUCCUCAGCUCAACAUCACCACCUGUUUUGAUGUUCUUCCUAAAGCUGCCUUUGAAGGAACCAAAGGAUAUUUGUACUUCAUCACCAUCUACUUGGUCUUCUACGUGGUGCCGCUGGUACUUCUGGUUGUCUGCUCUUGUGCAGUGGUCCAUGCUCUUAGACGGACACUCGAUGCCGGGGUCCAGCGCUCGCACCGGCGUGUGCAGGUGUUGGUGAUGGUCUCGGCCCUCUGCUUCAUCAUCUGCUACUUGCCCAACAUGGUCAUCCAGCCCCUCCACAUGGUUUAUCGUCACAGCAAACAAAGCUUGUAUGCCUACUACAAGCUCACACUGAGCAUCAACAGCCUCAACUGCUGCUUUGACCCUUUCGUGUACUACUUAGCUUCCAGGGAGCUCCGACAGGCACUGAGGAGGGCACUUGGACGCUGGGGCUGCUGCCCAGGAUGCAAGGGGGAGGAGCCUGUCACUUUCAAUUUGUCUGAGCUGCCCAGUUGCAACAGAGUGAAUCAGACUGGCAGCAGAGCCCUGCUAAAUCAGUGUUCGCAUGGGCUUUGAAAAAGCUUCUUCUGUUUGCGUCUAAGUCAGAGAAGUAAAGAAAGGGAAGUAAAAAAACAAGAAGCUGAGCAUUUCUCAAAAUAUGGUGGGGAUGGAGGAGAGUUAAGAAACAACGCCCAUGAUCCCAUCCAUCCCCCACAGUUGUAAAUUAGUUUAAAUGUACAUGUGGAAUGUGUUGUGUGGUGUUUUUUUUUGUUGUUUUUUUUGUUUUUUUUUGUGUGUAUGGUUUAUUUAGUUUGCUUCAUUUUUAGUUAACGUCCUUGUGCCACAUGCUUUUAUUUAC